AUCGAACGUGUUCGCGUGGCCGCUGCGCGCUGUAAGGUGAAGGCAGACUACUCAGAGAAAGACUUUUUCUAAGUGCUAAAAAAUUGUAUUAUCUCGCAGUAAAUACAAACAGCAUUGAUUAACUUAUACCAGAGCGUAAAAUAAUUGAAGACUAUUGCCGCAGCUAAAGCAAACACAGUGAAGGUAAAGCCAAGUCGCGCUGGUUAAGUAGAAAUUCGUGCAAAAUGAGUGGGGAUGUGGCUGCUGAAAAUACUAUCCACGCACAAAAUGGUGGCAGCUGCGAAGUGCAAUCGAAUGGUGUGACCACCAAUGGUCACCACCAUAGCGGUAGUAGCGGUAGCAGUAAGCAUAAAUCUUCCAGCAAAGAUAAGCAUCGUGAUAAGGACCGCGAGCAUAAAAGUUCAAGCUCUUCUAGUUCCAAGGAUCAUAAAAGUAGCAGCAGCAGUCGCGAUAAGGAUAGACAUAAGAGUAGUAGUAGUAGCUCUUCGAGCGGCAAGGAUAAGCAUCGGGAUAAGGAGCGCGAUGGCAGCAAUUCUCAUCGCAGCUCAUCAUCAUCGUCGAGUCAUCGCGAUAAAGAUAGCAGCAAGCACAAGUCCUCCUCAUCGUCGUCCUCGUCCAGUCAUCACAAAAGCUCGUCCAAGGAUAAAGAGCGGCGCGAUAAAGAUCGUGAUCGCGAGAAGGAGCGCAGCAGCAGCUCAUCCAGUUCAUCUAAGGACAAACACCGGGAUCACAAGUCCUCGUCUUCAUCCAGUUCGCGCGAUAAAGACCGCAGUCAUAAGAGCUCAUCAUCUUCCUCAUCGUCGUCAUCCAAAAAUAAACAUUCCAGUUCGAAACACAGCUCAUCCUCGAAAGAACCCUCAUAUGAUGGUGUAUUUGUUAAACCGGAACCUGUUUCACAGCCGCCUCAUGAAACCAACAACAUUGAUCCUUUGCACCAUACCGCUCUGUACGAUCCUGCCCCAGCCCUAAGCAAUGGCAUCGAUGCCACCGACAACGGUGGCUAUAAAAACGGCUAUGAGGAGAGUUUCGGUGAGAUUAAGAAGGAGGAGGAGAGCUUCAACUUAUCGCAGGCCAGCUCCUGUGAUUACUCUAUGUCGCAGUUCAGAGCCGAUGAGCCACCAUUUGUGUUGAAGCAGGAGGCCACCUAUACAGAGGACGAUAGCGCAUUGAACGAUUUCGGCGAAGUAGAUGAUGAAGAGGAUGUGCCGUUGGCUAUGCGUAAACGCAAACAGGUGAUCAAUGAUGAUGAGGAGGAAAACGAUGAUGAUGACAUUCCGCUGCUGGCGCGCAAGAGGAUCAAAAAAGAGGCCAAGGAAAAGAAUAAAAAGAAGCGCCCCAAGGAAGAAUUCGACGAUGAAAAUGGAAGUACUAAGCCCAAAAAGAAGAAGGUCAAAAAGGAACCCUCCGAUAUUAAAGCAGAGCUUGUGUCUCCCACAAAACGAAAAAACAAAAAGGAAGAGGAGGAGGAAGUGUGGAGAUGGUGGGAGGAGGAGAAGCGUGAAGAUGGAGUCAAAUGGUCGACGCUUGAACACAAAGGUCCCGUCUUUCCACCACUUUACGAACGCGUGCCACACAACGUUCGCUUCUAUUACGAUGGCAAGCCGAUGGAGCUCUGUGAAGAGACAGAAGAGGCAGCCACAUUCUAUGCAAAAAUGUUAAAUCAUGAUUAUUGCACCAAGGAUGUCUUCAAUAACAAUUUCUUCAAGGAUUUCCGCAAGACAAUGACCUCGAAAGAGCGCGAGAUUAUCAAAGACUUUAGAAAGUGUAAUUUCAAAGAAAUGCACGAUUUCUUCCAGGCCGAAUCGGAGAAACGCAAAGCGGCAACAAAAGAAGAGAAGCUGGCCAAAAAGAAUGAAAACGAAGCACUUAUUAAAGAAUAUGGUUUUUGCAUGAUAGAUGGACAUAAAGAGAAAAUCGGUAAUUUUCGUUUGGAACCGCCAGGUCUAUUUCGUGGUCGUGGCGAACAUCCAAAGAUGGGCAUGAUCAAGCGACGUAUUCAAGCCUGCGAUGUGUCCAUCAAUUGUGGGAAACACUCAGUAAUCCCGACGCCACCAGCCGGUCAACGCUGGAAAGAGGUGCGCCAUGAUAAUACCGUCACCUGGUUAGCCUCAUGGGUUGAGAAUGUACAGGGUCAGGUUAAAUACAUUAUGUUGAAUCCUUCCUCAAAGUUGAAAGGUGAAAAAGAUCACAUUAAAUAUGAGACAGCACGUCGCCUGGAAAAGUGCAUUGACAAAAUACGGGCCACUUAUCGCGAUGAAUGGAAAUCCAAGGAGAUGCGUGUACGUCAGCGUGCCGUCGCACUAUAUUUCAUCGAUAAAUUGGCACUAAGAGCGGGUAACGAAAAGGAUGAGGAUCAGGCCGACACCGUUGGUUGCUGUUCACUGCGUGUAGAACACGUGCAAUUGCAUAAAGAGCUCAACGGAAAAGAGAACGUGGUCGUAUUUGACUUCCCCGGUAAGGAUUCCAUUCGCUACUACAAUGAGGUGGAAGUGGAGAAGCGUGUGUUCAAAAAUUUGGAGCUGUUCAUGGAGAACAAGAAGGAGGGCGAUGAUUUAUUCGAUCGUCUUAACACACAAGUGCUCAACGAGCAUCUAAAAGAACUAAUGGAUGGACUUACUGCUAAAGUAUUUCGUACAUACAAUGCUUCAAUUACGCUACAAAAUCAAUUGGAUCUGCUGACCGAUACCAAUGCAUCUGUACACGAGAAGCUGCUUGCCUACAACCGAGCCAAUCGUGCGGUGGCUAUUCUAUGUAACCAUCAACGUUCAGUACCGAAAAGUCAUCAGAAGUCCAUGGAAAAUCUGAAGGAGAAAAUAAACGCCAAGCGCAAUGCUAUUGAUGACUGUGAGGCCGAAUAUCAUGAUUUGAAAAAGGCCGCAAAACGUGGGUCCGUUAAGGAGAAGGUGAAUGCCGAUAAAAAGGCCAAACAAUUAGAGCGUUUAAAGGAGCAGCUGAAGAAACUGGAACUACAAGAGACUGAUAGAGAUGAGAAUAAGACCAUUGCCUUGGGCACAUCCAAACUAAAUUAUCUUGACCCACGUAUAUCUGUUGCUUGGUGUAAAAAACAUGGUGUACCGAUUGAAAAAAUAUUUAACAAAACGCAAAGAACCAAAUUUCUUUGGGCCAUCCACAUGGCCGAUGAGAAUUAUCGUUUUUAAAUUAGUCUGCUCCGAGUACACAAUGAUGGGUAAUGAAACGGAUCAAAAUUUGCAGCUCGUUUACAAAAAUCCAACAAAGCAACUCCACACCCACCAAAAAAAAUCAACAGCUGACCAAAUGCCCGAUAGUGUAGCUAGUAGCUAUUCUGUCGUAUGCAGAAAUUGUAUAUGUUCGGGAUUAUUGGGAUGGUCUCGUUGCAAGUACGUGUGUUUGUGUACAUGAUGUAUAUGUAUGCAAUUAAUGUACUACAAAUAUAGAAAAUAACUAAAAAUGAAAACUUUCAAACAAAAAAAAAAAAACAAAACAAAAAAAAUGAAGAAAACACAGACACUCGCAUUGACAGAGAAAUAAGGGUUGGAGUGUGCCUGCAGUUGGUGGCGACACUUUUACAAAUAGAACACAAUCAUAUACAGACAGGAACGACAACAUUUAUUUAUUCAAGUGGGCACUACGCUAAAGUUUAACUUGGCAGACACUUUUCACACAAGCAACCAACAAUUGUCUAGCUGUAUGUGCACCUCCACCUUUAUGAAUAUUUGUAUAUUGAUUAAAAUGUAAAAUUCUUACCUUUAAAGCUGUAUGAAAGAGUUACACAAUUGAGAUAAUACUUUUCACUUAUUCUAUGUUUACUUGUAGUUGAUUUUUGUUUAGCAAAAGAAGUUUUUUUUUUUACAAAUAUAUAUAUAUAUUUAUAUAUAUAGAAGAGAAAAAUCACAUAUGCAUAUAUAAUAAUUAAAAAAAACUAAUUAAAUUACCAUUAUUAUUACAUAUGAUAUGUAUGUAUGGUAUAUGUACAUUAAGUUGUAAGUGCAGAGAACUUAGUAGCCCACUUUAGUGUAGCAUAAUUUAUUGAAAUUGAAAACAACGUUGAGCGCAAAACAAAAUAAGCGGCGAUACCGCAGCUGCCGUUGCCGGAAAUGCCGCAAUGGCUGGGACGCUGCCACUCUUUUAGCAUCAAGAGGAAAAAUUAACUAAAACAAGAAAAAAUCAAAUCGAUACAUAUAAAACAAUACAUAUUAUGUAUUUAUUUUGUACCACACACACAGACGUAAGUUGUACCCUUACUUGUGUACUUUGAUUUUUUUUAAACAAGCCAAGCGUUUUACAUAACGUUCAUUGAUUACCAAAAUUUCUUUGCGCCUGUAAAAAAUAAAUGUAUAUUUUUAAGUGAGAUUUUUGUGGCCGUCAUUAGAAUUUUAUAUCAUUACCAUAUACACACAUACCUAACCAUUAAUAUGUAUAAAAGCAUAGAUUAUACAUAGACAGGUUUCAAAUUCUGUUUAAUUUAGAAGACACACAGAGACACAAACAACAAUAAUAUAAAAUGCUAACAAUCAAUGAACCAAAAGCAGCAGCGCAACAAGAAUAAACAAUGGUUACAAACAGUCGAAAAUAAAAUUAGGCUAAAAAGUGUAUACAUAUAGAUUUAUAAUACGUGCAAUUAAGCUAAAAGAAAACGAAAAUAAAUAGAAAAACUGUAAAAACUCAACAUAAAGGCACUUUCAAAAUGCAUAAAGAAAACCUUGAUUUGAAAAGCAAAGAAAAAAAAUCAAAUGAUUUGGUCAAAUGAUGUAUGUAUGUAGUUGUAUUUUAACUAUGCUAAUUACUGGUAGUGUGCGUAUGUAUAAAUGAUGCACACACACACAGACACACAUAUAUGUAUACUCAACAACAUAUUUACGUAAAUGUUGCAUUAAAAUAAAUUUGAAAAGAGAGAUGUGAAAAGGCCCCCCUUAGCAUAAAUUUUAAGAGAGCUAAACGUUCUAAAAUACUAAACCUACAUAUAUGAAUUCAAUCGUAAUUAUAUACACGCAUAAAUAUGUGCGCAUAAAUACAUACACAUAUGUCAAAGACCCUCACACAUACACACAUUUUAAAAAUAAAUUUAAUUUUAAUUGUCGUAACGCUUUAAAAAGGCAACAUGUGCGAUAGUGUAUUUUCACUCACCAACAAGUUGAAACACACACACACACCUACACAUCCAACUAACUCACACAUAAACUGGCAUAUUAUAUUAUUGAUAUAAGCAAAACCACAAAAGUGAAGCCGAAAAAUAUAAACAAAAACUAUUUUAAAAAACAAAUGUACUUCUAAGCUAAAUGUAAUGGAAUGAUGCAAAUAUAAAUACAACUUAUAUUUAAA